UAUUUGGUCUGCAGAGUUGCGGAUGGCGCGUUAGGAAUGUGUAUGUAUAAGAAUAUUGCAUGUGUGUGAUUGUGGAGGCGGGGCCCUGAAGAGAUGCCGUCCAAUAAGAGUGUGUCUGAUGCGCCAAUAACACAGUUUGUCAACUGUAGAAUCCUCAAAGACCACAGACUACAGAGGGAGGAUCUCUGGGUGAGGGAGGGCAGGAUUUUGGAUCCUGAGAAGUUGUUUUUUGAUGAGAAAGGUUCUGCAGAUUACAGAGUUGACUGUGCCGACAGAAUCAUUGCCCCUGGCUUCAUAGAUGUACAAAUUAAUGGUGGCUAUGGCAUUGACUUCUCCCAGGCAUCCAGUAACAUCAGAGGGGGAGUGGCUCUGGUUGCCAAAAAGAUUCUGGAACAUGGUGUCACCUCCUUCUGCCCCACCCUUGUCACCUCUCCACCUGCCAUAUAUCACCAGGUCAUCCCAGAGAUCGAAGUUCAUAAAGGAGGUCCUGAAGGGGCAGCAGUUAUAGGUCUCCAUCUCGAGGGUCCUUUUAUCAGUUUAGAGAAGAGAGGUGCUCAUCCUCACCAGUUUAUCCGGACCUUUAGUAAAGGUGGCGUGUCGGACUUGAUCGAGACAUACGGACAGCUUGAGAAUGUUGCCAUGGUUACAUUGGCACCAGAGCUUGACAACAGCAGGCCAGCGAUCCAGGAGCUUACCAAGAGGGGUAUCGCUGUGUCAGUGGGACACUCCAUGGCUGAUUUGUCACAGGCAGAGGAGGCUGUUCAUAACGGAGCCUCUUUUAUCACACACCUCUUCAACGCUAUGCUGCCUUUUCACCAUCGGGACCCCGGAAUUGUGGGAUUGUUGACGAGUGACUGCCUGCCAGCAGGAAGGAGUGUGUUUUACGGAAUGAUAGCGGACGGCAUUCACACACACCCUGCUGCACUGCGCAUAGCAUACAGAGCCCAUCCUACAGGUGUGGUGUUGGUGACUGAUGCUGUUCCAUCGAUGGGUCUUCCUGCUGGUCAUCACACACUUGGACAGCAAGAGAUUCACAUCCAGGGACUUCAUGCUUAUGUAGCAGGAACCACAACACUGAGUGGUAGUAUUGCCACAAUGAACAUGUGUGUGAAACACUUCAAACAGGCAACAGGCUGUAGCACUGAAGCUGCAUUAGAAGCUGCAUCAUUACAUCCUGCACAGCUGCUGGGUCUUAGUGACCGUAAAGGAACUCUUAAUUAUGGCUCAGAUGCAGAUUUUGUGGUGCUGGAUGAUUCUCUGUCUGUCAGAGAAACAUACAUCGCUGGACAGCAAGUGUGGAAGAACUGACAUCAUCAUUCAGGACACUGCCCUACUCCACUGUGAUUGGACAUCUCACACAAACAAACGAAACAUCUCUCUCUCACACACACGCACACAUAAAACAGACAGACAUUACUGUGACCCAGGGCAGACUGUAAUGGAUUUUUCAAACAUUUUUAUUUUUAUUUGUUUUUUUUCAAAAUUGUUAAUACUAAUAGAUGAAAUAUCAGUAAUGGUUAUCAACAUCAAUAAAGAAAUAUAUUCAUUGUA